AUGUCGGUCAGUGAGCGAGCGGCUGAGGAGAGGAGCGGCGGCGGCUGCGGCGGCGGCGGCGCCAUGGUGGCGCAACAGAAGAACCUUGAAGGCUAUGUGGGAUUUGCGAAUCUCCCAAAUCAAGUCUACCGAAAAUCUGUGAAGAGAGGAUUUGAAUUCACGCUUAUGGUAGUAGGAGAAUCUGGAUUGGGGAAGUCAACAUUAAUCAACUCAUUAUUCCUAACAGACUUGUAUUCUUCAGAGUAUCCAGGGCCUUCACAUAGAAUUAAAAAGACCGUACAGGUGGAACAAGCAAAAGUUUUAAUCAAAGAAGGUGGUGUGCAGCUGCUGCUCACAAUAGUGGAUACGCCUGGAUUCGGGGAUGCAGUGGACAAUAGUAAUUGUUGGCAGCCUGUAAUCGACUACAUUGACAGUAAAUUUGAGGAUUAUCUGAACGCGGAAUCUCGGGUGAACAGACGGCAGAUGCCAGACAGCAGGGUGCAAUGUUGCUUAUACUUCAUUGCCCCUUCGGGUCAUGGCCUCAAGCCUCUGGACAUUGAGUUCAUGAAACGCUUGCAUGACAAGGUGAACGUCAUUCCCCUCAUCGCCAAAGCGGACACACUGACUCCAGAAGAGUGCCAGCAGUUUAAGAAGCAGAUAAUGAAAGAAAUUCAAGAGCAUAAAAUAAAAAUAUAUGAGUUUCCAGAGACAGAUGAUGAAGAAGAAAAUAAGCUUGUUAAAAAGAUAAAGGACCGUUUGCCUCUUGCUGUGGUUGGUAGCAAUACUAUCAUUGAAGUUAAUGGCAAAAGAGUCCGAGGAAGGCAGUAUCCUUGGGGUGUUGCCGAAGUUGAAAAUGGUGAACAUUGUGAUUUCACAAUUCUAAGAAACAUGUUGAUAAGAACCCACAUGCAGGACCUGAAGGACGUGACGAACAACGUGCAUUACGAGAACUAUAGGAGCCGGAAGCUGGCAGCUGUGACGUACAACGGUGUAGAUAACAACAAGAACAAAGGGCAGCUGACCAAGAGUCCUCUGGCCCAAAUGGAGGAAGAAAGAAGGGAACAUGUAGCGAAGAUGAAGAAGAUGGAGAUGGAGAUGGAGCAAGUGUUCGAGAUGAAGGUCAAAGAAAAGGUGCAGAAGCUCAAGGAUUCGGAAGCCGAGCUGCAGCGGCGUCAUGAGCAAAUGAAGAAGAACCUGGAAGCCCAGCACAAGGAACUGGAGGAGAAGCGGCGCCAGUUUGAGGAUGACAAAGCCAACUGGGAAGCCCAGCAGCGGAUCUUGGAGCAACAGAACACUUCCAGAACUUUGGAAAAGAACAAGAAGAAGGGGAAGAUCUUUUAAACCCAUUCUUGACCACCAGUUAUGUAUUAGUUGCCAAUAUGCCAGCCUGGACGUCAGUGUUUGUUGGAUCCGUUUGACCAAUUUUGCA